GCCAGUCUUCGAUAUACAACGGCUACUCUCAAAGAGACCGAGAGGGAUGAAUUAUGAGCAGAGGCUCGCGGCAGCCACAAUGAUCAUCGAAUCGAAAUCACACGGAGAAAGCGGUUAUGCAACUUCGCCUUUUGACGCUACAGAAAUCGGCGUCACGGCGACGCUGAAACCUCACCAACUUGAAGGCAUCUCGUGGCUUAUACAGAGAUAUCACCUCGGUGUUAAUGUUAUCCUUGGAGAUGAGGUACAUAGCUUGAGGACUUGAAUGGUUUUCAAGCCUUUAUAUUGAAGGAAACCUGAAAUUGUCUUAAAUUUAUCUUGAUACCUGAUAUUUACUUUUAAACAUGUGAAAAUCAAGUAAUAUAGAGAUUAUUUGUGACCAUCAUUAUUUUUUUCAUUUGAGUAUGGCCUGGCCCUUUAGGUAAUCACACAGACCUGCGAAACUCAAAACUUUUCAAGUAAAAAAUCUAGCUUUCAAUUGUCAAUUAAAGCUUCAGAUAAAUCUCCCUGUAGUUAUUCAAUGUCCUUUUUUUUUGAAUUUUUCGAAAGUUUACUUGUGCCAGAUCUUAGGGGGACUGUAUUAUUUAAUCUUAGAAUUUUGCAACUGGCUUGGUAUUGGAUAAUUGAUUGUUGCAUCUCUUAUAACUGAAUUUACUCAUAACAUAUUGUAACAUCUUGUUGGGUUUGUGAAGUAAUUAAAUUUACAGCUGAAACCCUGAUGGAGUUUUGUUGUUCUCAUCACUGACACAAUGGUUAAAGAAGUCCUUAUUUUUCUCAUUACUUUUAGUAAUCUUCUCGUGCCUCAUUAUUCAGUCAAGUAGAACAGAUGAGCAUGAUAAUAGCAAUGGCAGUGUGAUUCUGUUCAUUAUGUUUUGAAUUGAAGAUAUUUGCUGGCAGAUGGGAUUAGGGAAGACCUUGCAAGCCAUCUCUUUCUUAAGUUAUUUGAAGGUUCAUCAGAAGUCACCUGGACCAUAUUUGGUGUUGUGCCCUUUAAGUGUGACAGAUGGAUGGGUGUCAGAGAUAGAAAAAUUCACCCCCAAACUGAAAGUCCUUAGGUAUGUCGGUGAGAAAGAACACCGGCGCAGUUUGCGCAAGACAAUACAUGAACAUGUGAAAGAGAGUCCUUCAUCAUCCAACGUAUCAUUGUUGCCUUUUGACGUGCUAUUGACAACAUAUGACAUUGCAUUAGUGGAUCAAGAAUUUUUGUCACAGAUUCCAUGGCACUAUGCUAUAGUUGAUGAAGCUCAAAGACUUAAAAAUCCUAAGAGCGUUCUUUAUAAUGUUCUCAUAGACCAGUUCCUCAUGCCAAGACGGUUGUUGAUGACUGGCACACCCAUCCAGAAUAAUCUCACUGAACUUUGGGCUCUGAUGCAUUUUUGUAUGCCUUUAGUGUUUGGAACCCUGGAUGAGUUCCUUUCCACGUUCAGGGAAGCUGCUGAUGCUUCAUCAGAUCAUGAUGCAACAAAGGUCAAGCGGCAGUUCAAGACUUUAAAAAGUAUAUUGAAAUCCUUCAUGCUUCGAAGAACAAAAUCUAGGCUUAUAGAAUGUGGAAACCUAGUGCUGCCAUCAUUGACUGAGAUUACUGUGAUGGCUCCACUGGUCAGCCUGCAAAAGAAAGUUUAUACCUCAAUAUUGAGGAAGGAGCUUCCAAAACUUCUUGCGCUGUCUUCUUCAGCUUCCAAUCAUCAAUCUCUGCAGAAUAUGGUAAUACAACUAAGAAAAGCAUGCAGCCACCCUUACCUCUUUCCUGGUAUUGAGCCUGAGCCAUAUGAAGAGGGUGAACACCUAGUUAAGUUUGGAGUGGUUGCACAUUUAUAUAGCUUGAAAAACAAAGAAUUGAAGAGGCAUAAAGGGAAAAAAAAAACUAAAAUUUCUACUCUAAAAGAGGCCAGUGGGAAACUUAUAAUUUUGGACCAACUACUUGAGAAGCUACAUGAUUCUGGACAUCGUGUGCUUCUCUUUGCUCAAAUGACACACACACUAGACAUUUUACAGGAUUUUCUAGAGCUUCGAAAGUAUUCAUAUGAGCGUCUUGAUGGUUCAGUUCGAGCUGAGGAGCGUUUUGCUGCAAUAAGAAGUUUUAGUGGACAGUCAGGGAGGUCUGGUUCUGAAUCUGAUCAAAAUAGCUCCUUCGUUUUUAUGAUAUCUACAAGAGCUGGAGGAGUUGGCUUGAAUCUUGUGGCUGCAGAUACGGUUAUAUUCUAUGAGCAAGAUUGGAAUCCUCAGGUUGACAAACAGGCUUUGCAGCGAGCACACAGGAUUGGUCAAAUGAACCAUGUCCUGUCAAUAAACUUAGUUACAAGGCAUACUGUGGAGGAGGUUAUUAUGCAAAGAGCAAAGAGGAAAUUGCAGCUUAGCCAUGAUGUUGUAGGAGAUGAUGUCAUGGAAGAGGACAGAAAAGAAACAGGAGGAAUUGAAACUGGUGAUUUGCGAUCUAUCAUAUUUGGGUUACAUAGGUUUGAUCCUUCGGAGGUCAACAGUGAAAAAUCAAAUGAAUUAAAUGCCUCAGAAUUGAAAGCUUUGGCACAGAAAGUAAUUGCUCUGCGAUGUGACCAGAUAUUGGACAAAGAUGAUAGAAAGUUUGAGGUCAAUCCUAUUGGUCAAGAAAAAGGACUUGAUUUUGUUAGUGGAGGAGAAUCUGCUCUUGCAAGCUAUGAUCCUGGUCUUGAUGAGGCAUCAUAUCUAUCAUGGGUUGAAAAAUUCAAGGAAACAUCACAAUCAAAUGAAAAUCUGGUUAUGGAUUUGGGAAAUAGAAGGAACUUGCCUGAUAAUAAGUAUCUUAAUCUUGAGGCUGCAAAGAAAAAGGCAGAGGAGAAAAAGUUGUCAAAGUGGGAGGCCCUUGGAUACCAUUCAUUAUCUGUUGGGGAUCCCAUCUACCCUGUAGAUGGGGAUGCAUUGUCAGACUCAGGUUUUGUUCAUUUUGUUGUUGGGGAUUGUACACAUCCAGAUAAGCUCUGCUCGUCUGAGCCCAGUGUCAUAUUCAGUUGUGUAGAUGAGUCAGGAAAUUGGGGCCAUGGAGGAAUGUUCGAUGCACUGGCCAAACUGUCUUCAAGUAUCCCUGCUGCAUAUCAACAAGCCUCCGAAUUUAGGGACCUUCAUCUUGGUGAUGUCCAUCUUGUAAAAAUUAUUGAGAACACUGAUGGGCAGAACAUGGAAGGUGAUACUCCACGGUGGGUUGCUUUGGCUGUUGUACAAUCUUAUAAUCCUAGGCGCAAAGUGCCUCGUAGUGAGAUCUCUAUUCCUGACUUGGAGGCUUGCCUGUCCAAGGCGUCUUUUGCUGCAGCUCAAAAUUCAGCCUCAAUCCACAUGCCUCGUAUUGGUUAUCAAGAUGGAACAGAUCGCUCACAGUGGUAUACUGUUGAACGUCUUCUACGAAAAUAUGCUUCUGUUUUUGGAAUAAAGAUCUACGUGUAUUAUUAUCGACGAUCAUCUUGAGGCUUGUGCUCUGUCCUCUGAUACCAUGGCCGCUCAGUUGUAGCUCAAAGAACAGAGUAGAAAUCGUUAUGUUUUUGUAUGAUUUAGCCUUUUCUGUAAACAGUAAACUUUUUAACAGCUGGGUCAUCUGUUGGAAGCGAAUGAAUUAUGGGUUCACUUAUGUGUGGACCAAAUAGAAGCGAGGCUCAGCUAAUGUUUUUGACAGACUGUUCAGUCCCGUUUCCACCCAGCCCCGGUUAGCAGUCAUUGAACCCAGGUUAGCAGAGACCUCCACCUUAGUUUUGUAGAAAAUUUGAUUUUUUUGUGCGAUUUUGAGUUUAUUUGUCUUACUUUUGACUUGAAGUCAUAUUUUGGAAGUUGUUUGUUGUGAAUAAUAAAUUUAGUAUCAUUUAACUGGUUA